GCAGAGGGGUGUAAGAGAGGUUAGAUUGUGAUGUAGAUGAAAACAGGUAGAGUGAGUUAGUUUUAGUCAAAGACACAGAAACUGUAAGAGAAUCAACAUAUAAUCGCUCCGUUCAGAGAUAGACACAUAAACACGAUCAAUGGCGAAAACAUCACUGAACGUACGACAAGCGGACAUGAGUGAUGAGCUGCAGCGGGAGGUUCUCGAGUGCGCUCUUCUGGCCGUGAACAUGCACGAUGAUAACUGGAGCAUUGCUGUGUACAUCAAGGAGGAAUUCGACAGAAGGCACCAGCCCAACUGGCACUGCGUUGUUGGAGACAGUUACAGUUGCUAUACGACAUAUAAUUCGAACUACUUUAUCUCUUUUGAUGUGGGCAAUAGACAUAUAACUCUUUACAAGUCUGACUGAGCAACAGUUCGAAGGCAUUUGAUCGAGGUGCUGGAGUGCAGUGCAUUCAGAUCAAGGCCUCGUCUCGUGUCGUCGCACGGAAAAUGAGAUGCUGAUUUCGCAUGACGAGUGUAAAACUGCAAUAAAUCGGGUCACAAUGCAAUAAAAAAAGCUCUUAAUAAAUGCCCCUCAAGCUUUUAUUUCAAUUUCUAUAUGUUUAGACACAGCUGAUGGUGCAGAAAGGCAUUAAACUUUCAGGAAUGUUGUUCAGGUUGGACUCUGAUGUAAAUAAGAACAGGAGGAGUGAGUUAGUUUUAGUCAAAGACACAGAAACUGAGAGCGAAUCAACAUAUAAUCGCUCUGUUCAGAGAUCGGCACAUAAACACGACCAUGUCGAAAACGAAGAUCACCGUCGCAAAAUCCGACAUGAGCGACGAGAUGCAGCGGGAGGCUCUUGAAUGCGCUCUUCUGGCUGUGAACAUGUACGACAGCAGCAAGGACAUAGCCGUCUACAUCAAGAAGGAAUUCGACCGGCGGUAUCAGCCCUCCUGGCAAUGCAUCGUGGGUAGCUGCGGCAGCCUCGUGUCGCACUCGCGGGGCUGCUACCUCCGCUUCACCGUCGGCAACGAGACCAUCAUGCUGUUCAAGACUAGCUGACGACUCCAACAGCCCCAGGGGAACGAUCACGCCGAACACAUCCGUACCAUAGCCAUCCGAAUAAAAGCCUUGAGAACUUA